UUUAUUUUGAAAACAUCAUUGCCACGUCCUCUAUUGUCAUUUAAUAGCUUUAAACAUGCUGAUUGCGUUUACUAAGCUGUUCACUGACAAAUUUUAAUUAUUUAUAGUUAUUUAUGUUCGACAAGAGGGAUAAAAAAAGAAUCGAGGAUAUUCGUUACUUUUUACGAGUCAUUGUCCUUUUAUUUCACGAAGUUGUAUCUAGCUUCACGCGUGUGUAUAUGUAAACAUGGACAGGCCGGACGCCACAUUUACUCUGGCUUAUAUAGUAUUUGUCUUGUGUUUUGUUUUUACGCCGAAUGAGUUUCGUUCGGCUGGUUUGACGGUGCAGCACAUGUUCUCAGAGUGGCUGGGCAGUGAAGACAUCAGCUUCAUUCAGCACCACAUCAGACGAACAACACUCACUGUGCUCUUCCACAGCUUCUUGCCGCUUGGAUACUACAUAGGAAUGUGUUUUGCUGCUCCAGAACAGAAUCUCAUGUACAUCCAUCAUGCAAAUCAGGGAUGGCAAGUAUACUUUGGGUUGUCACUGGCCAUCCAGCUUUUGAGUUGUGCACUUGCUUUCUAUUGGUCCAGACGUGGAUGGGCGAAUCAUCCGAUAUGUCAGGCGCUCAACACACAUGCCUUACCACACUCCAGCUGGAGGGCUGUCGCCUCAUCCAUCAACACAGAGUUUCGCCGCAUCGAUAAAUUUGCUUCCGGUUCUCCUAGCGCGAGAGUGAUUGUGACUGAUACUUGGGUGAUGAAGGUCACGACGUACUCCUUGCAUGUUGCCUUGCAUCAGGACUGUCAUCUGACUGUCACAGACUCCAAGCAUCACAGCCUGUCGGCUGAAUUGAACACGCCGGUGCAAAUUGUCACCAUUACUGUUGCCAGUAUCAAUCCCAGAGUCAAGCCUUUUGACAUAAGGCUGAAAUCCACCGAAUAUGUUGAGCUGCAAGAGAAACUGCACGCACCCAUCAGAAACGCCGCCAAUGUUGUCAUCCAUUUGACAAUGAGUGAGCUCUUUUUGGAGACGUUUAAGUCAUAUGUGAGGUUGAAUGAAGACUACAGGUGUCCAAGUGGCCAGGAACUUGAACCAUGUAUUGGAUGUAUGCAAGUCAAUGCCAACGUAAAGCUUCUGCGACUGUGCCAGGGAGACCGUGAAGGCGAAUGCCAGCAGUGCUACUGUCGCCCCAUGUGGUGCCUCACAUGUAUGGGCAAAUGGUUUGCCAGUCGACAGGACCAGCAGCAGCCGGAGACAUGGCUAAGCAGCAGGGUACCAUGUCCCACUUGCAGGGCCAAGUUCUGCAUUUUGGAUGUUUGUCCAAUUAAUUGAGGAUUGACAUUAAUUCAGUUCAGUCUUUUCACGUCUGUAGGCCUUUACGACACUGAACCUGGUAUUUCUGAGCACUUCUGUUUGCUUUUUCAAAACCUUUGUGCCUCCCAAGCUACAAUCAUAUCCAAUGACAGUGAAUCUCGUGACCAGGAAAAGCCAGAAGAAACAAUACAUUUGAUUUUGCUUAAGCAUAGUUUAAAAAAAGAAAAGAAAAAAAUCUAUAUUUUUCCACUGUUAUGCAGAUUUGCCCUUCAUUUAUCAUUGCGGUAUUGCAAAAAUAUUCUUAUUACUGUAUGGGCAAAAUUUUGUGAAUGUAUGUAUAUACCAUCAUAUUUGUUGCAAUGGUUUUACAGUUCAUUUGUUUCUUUUGGAGGGAAUGUGCCUAAAGUCAUGAAGGUGCUGUCAUAGUGCAAAGGAUCUUAAUGGCAGGACUCAAUACCAAGGAUGGCAUGCUGACCUGGGGUCAGUGUGAAAGAGUGUCAGGCCUCUUGCAAACUCAAGCUUAAACAUGUAAUGUUACAAAGAUAAUGUUUUCUAGACAUAGAUGGGAUUUUGUUAAAAAAAAGUCACAUUACAGCUGUAUAAUUUAUAUUUUGUUGAACUUUUUUGUGUGAAGAAUUUAAUUAGAAUUAAAAAUAUUUCUAGUAUGAAAAAAAUUAAUUAAAAAUGACCAUAGCUGGUAAUUUUUUGACAUGAAAUAUGAGCUAGAUGCUUUUUGUGAGAUUCAUGGGCCUCAUUUAUAAAGCGUGCGUACGCGCAGAUAAGAGUGUGUGUACGCAUAAAUCCACGCCAACGCUCAUAUUUAUAAAAACGGUCUUUGACGUAGAAAGGUGCUUAGCGCCAUAUAAGGGUCUGAGCAGACCUAAGCACCUUUCCUUGUCAGUGUAAUCAGGUUUCUAAUCUAAGCUAUUCUUGCAGCUCGGCAUUCUAAAUUAAAGGAUUCAUGACUGGUGUUUUUUUUUUAUUUAAAAAAAAAAAAAAAAAAAAAAAAUGUAAAUAACGUUUAUUAGAUGUCGUCUAAGGCAGAAACCAUUCAGCUGUACACUUCAAAAUCAUUUGUGAUAUACAGAUUUCACAAUUGUCAUCUGAAAGAGAGGCAUGCAUGCAUUUUCUGUGUGUAAGUUCAUUCUAUGAAUCACGUGCACAUUUGAGAAAUGAUCGCAAGAUCAAAUGUAAGACAGUUUCUACGCAAUAUUUUACAAAAUAAAGCCCACUAUUUUUAUAGCGGAUUACAAAAAUUUAUAGAAACAGCAUACAAAAUGUUCACAUAAUUUGAUCAGAUGCACUUGGCCUUACAUCAAACUUUCAUAAAUGGAGAAACUUCAUGUUGCUUCAUUCUUGUAAUAAAGUCUAAUAUAUCUGACCAGGACAACAA